CUGAAAGUGCAUGAAUCCAAGAAAUCGGUAGCUGAACAAAAGAUCAAUAAAUCUCUUCAGAAGGCCAAGAUAACAGCAUUGUUUUCAAACUCUGAUGAAAAGAGAGAGCAAUCAGAAGCCACCGUACCAAGCACUCUCCUCAUAAUGCUGGAUGAGGUGGGAGCCUCAGACAUUGAUGCCCUUGUGCCUACCCACGAUGAGCGAGGAUGUUCCAUCCCAGAGUGGAAGCGGCAGGUGAUGGUGAGGAAGUUGCAAGCCCAGCUGACAUCUGAAGAAGGAAUGAGCAGGAAGAACAAGGAAGGCUGUGCUCUGGACCAAGAUGAUUGGCAGUAUUCCCAGGCACACAAUGCCAUCCUGGGUCCCUAUGGGGAGCUCCUGACUGAGGAUGACCUUCUGUAUUUAGAAAAGCAGAUUGAGAAACUGCAGAUAAGGAAGAGGUGCCAGGAGUAUGAGAGUGAGCUAGGACACCUGACAGAGGAACUGCAGACAGUUCUCCCAUCUCCCAUUGUCAAUAUCACAGUCAACACUCAGUUUCUGCAGGAAGGAUCUAAGGACAACAUCCAGGAGCUCCCUGCCUGGUGCAGCCAGAUGUCUGGCGUGGUGAAAAGCAUGUCUCUCUUGCUCAACAACAUCGGUGGAAUGAAAAAAGAGGAGACUGAGACACCAGCUCCAAAGGUUCAUCCUAUGUCAAGAAAGGCUGAUGUUAUUUCUGGAGGGUCUGCCAGGAGAGAGAUCCUGGAAUGUGGUGUUUCGGUAAAAAAGCUAAGGGGCAGUUUUGAGAAAAAAGCUCUCUUGGGACAAGACAAAACCUUUGAACUCCAACGAUUGAAAGGCAUGCCCUGGGAACAUGGGACAGGUAAGGAGAAAAACCAACCAAUAUUAUCAUACAUUUGUGAGGGCAAGAAGAAAUGUCUUUGUAAGAACGACGGGUUUGGAGAUGUGGAGAAUGCCAGUGAUUCUGGCAUCAGCUGUGAGGAAUCCACUUCUGAGAUGACUGGCUCUCCUGUCUCCAUAGCAGAGUCUAGCAUACUCCGAAAGGAACGUAUUGUGCUGCUUUUUUUAAGUCACUGGAAGAAAUCUGCCUACACUCCGUCCAUGAAGCUCAUGGCUAGGAAGACUGUUAAAUCCUCAACCCCUGUGAAGAUGGGUCUGGUAGAGGUUAUGGCAGACGUUAAAAAACAGCAAGCUCCUAUGCAAAAACCGUUGGUGGAAAUGAGCAAGCUUGGUCAUUUAGUUCGACAGAGAUAUGCUAUCAAAAAUCUAAUUGAUUGCUGGAAGGGCAUAAUCUCUCUUGUACCCUCUCAGCAGAUCAGCCGCCUCAAGCACCAGCGGCACACGGUGUAUUCCCCAGAACAAUUUCUCCCAUACGUGAAUGGUAAGCCUGUUGAUUACAACAGCUUAACCCUUGACCUGUUUAUGCUGGGCUAUUUCCACAUCCUAGAGUUGGACCUCUCCCCAGAAGAACGGAAGAGAAGGCAUCUGCUUUGCUUUGAAGUCUUUGACCACUUGGGAAGGUAUCAAUGGGAAACAGUGCGUGCCUUUCACAAAGCAGUGAUUGAUGAGAUAGCUGCAGGCAAAAGAGGCUGGAAAGAUUGCUUUGAGGACAUUAAGACAAGGUUUUUCGGUAACCCAGCCAAUAACAAGGAACUCAAAACAUCAUCUGUUGAAACAAAUCUGAAAUCAGCAUCCAGCAAUAGGGUCCAGAGUGUGGUUCUUGAGCAAGGAGAUAAUGUUCCAUGGAAAUACUUUGAGCUGGGAAGCUUCAGUAAUGAUGAAAUCUGCAGAUACAUUGCAAGGAGCUUUGCCUUCUGGAAAGAAAAAGAAGCAGAGAUGUUCAGUUUUGAGGAUUCAGGCCAUCCUUUACAUUAGUAGUCUUUAUUUAUUAAUCAGAAUCUAUGAUCCAGAAUGCACAGAGGGGCCUGAAGCUCUGGAAAGACCAGCUAUUUUUAUCAUUGUCAUUUGACAUAUAAUAAUUAUUUAUUCCAUGGACACUGCAUGGAAUAAGCAGACACAAACUGGUAAUUUUGUAAGAAGCUAGAAGUGCCUCAAGACCAAAGAGCUGGGGUGGCGGGGCGCAAACCACAUGUUACACUGCAGCCAAGGGUAACAUAGUCAUGGUGACCCCUUUUUCAGGCUAUCUGGAGAAAGGACAGAAAGAUAGAGGCUGCUUAAUUCUUCCUUAACCAGUUGUUUUGCCUCUGAAAUUUCCCUUGCCUUGGGUAUUUUACCCUUUCCAGUGUUCCCAAUCUGUGUUUACUUUGUAAGCAGAGGAAUGAAAUCCAGUGAGCAUAAAGACAACCUAGUGGUGCUGAAGAUGUUCAAGGGGAAAUGAAAGGGUUAAGCACUCCUUCUGUCUUCACUCUUUAUUUCCUUAGAGUAGGAGCCUCCGAGGAUCCAUUUACCAAUUGUUUUAACUAAUGUUUUCUGAAAUGGCUUGAAGAUAUGUGUGUUGGUAGCAUCUGAAUGUCCACAUGCAUAUCUCUUUGUUUUCUUAAAGACAUGUUUGAUCAGCCGCCAUUUGAACAAGUAAAAUAAUAAUGUAUUUAAUAAUUAAAAAAUUGCUAGGAUUCCCAUGUUCCAGACACUUUCCAUUAAGCGUUGAAGGGCCAGUUAAUGUAUGUGUCACACACACAAGCCUUUAUUGGCAUUUAAAAACGGGACAAAGUUUUAAAA